UACCGCAUACCCUCUAACCAAAAAAAAAAAAAACCCACCUCUAUUCUACCGCAGUCAUUGAAUUCUCUCACUCUGCGCCUCCCUUCACAAUCACCUCUCGGCUCUCACAGAGUCACAGUAUACGAAAACAAUUCAAUCAUUAUUCCCCACCAGCUUCAACAUUGCACUGCAAACCUUUCCAUGUUAAUAAUUCAAAUUCGAUGGAAAUGCCAAUUCAGGAAUUGGGUGAUUAUGGGGUGGAAGGUUACAAGAAUGGUAUAGACUUUGUGUUGUCGAAAAUCAAUAGGAUAGAGAAAAAUGUUCACGAGAUUGAGCAGUUUUACUUGAACAGUAGUAAAAAGCAAGCGAACAGCUCGAAAGGUGGCUCAGCUUCUAAGGAUAAAGAGAAACAUGUUGGUCAUACGAAAAAGCAGCAGCAGGAUGCAACAAGCAAGGAAACAGACGCCUCAAAGAGAAUGCAGGAGCUGAUACGUCAGUUUGGCAAAAUAUUACAUCAGAUCACUCAACACAAGUUGGCAUGGCCUUUUAUGGAGCCUGUAGAUGUUGAAGGCCUUGGAUUGCAUGAUUACUAUGAGAUUAUUGAAAAACCUAUGGAUUUCAGUACGAUAAAGAAACAAAUGGAAGCUAAGGAUGGUAGUGGCUAUAAAAAUGUGCGGGAGAUUUGUGCUGAUGUGAGGUUGGUUUUCAAGAAUGCAAUGAAAUAUAAUGAUGAAAAGAAUGAUUUCCAUACCAUGGCGAAAACCUUGUUGGAAAAGUUUGAAGGGAAGUGGCUACAGUUUUUGCCUAAAGUUACGGAAGAGGAAAAAAGGCGAGACGAAGAAGAAGCGCAUCUACAGCUUAGUAUGCAGCUAGCUCAAGAAGUUACUCAUGCCAAAAUGGCAAGAGAUAUGUGCCAUGAGCUCUUCGAGGCAGAAAUACACCUUGAAGAUCUUAGGGAACAGCUGGUUCAAAGGUGCAGGAGAAUAUCAACGGAAGAGAAAAGGCAACUGGGCACAGCCCUGACAAGGCUAUCCACGGAUGAUCUCAGUAGAGCUCUAGAGAUCGUCGCCCAGAGAAAUCCUGGGUUCAUAGCAAAUGCUGAGGAGGUGGACCUCGAUAUAGACGCUCAGAGUGAAUCCACAUUAUGGAGGCUAAAAUUCUUUGUAAAAGACGCACUGCAAGCUCAAGGCAAGCCUGAACAAAACAUUGGUGGAAACAACAAUAAAGACAACAAUGAAAACAAUAAUAACUCUAAACGAAAGAGGGAGAUUUGCGAUGCCCUUGCCAAGACCGCCAAGAAAAGAGUAAAAAGGUAGCAUCUUUCUUGAUCGUUUUCACAAUUUAGAAUUUAGAAUUUAGAAUUUAGAAUUUAGAGUUUCGAUUAGAUGAACUGAGGUUGUAACUAUGUCGUACUAACUUGAAGGAAUUAUCACAACUUUUUUAAAAGAUAUUGUUCCCUGUUUGGUGCUGUGAAA